CCGGAUGUACAGUACUGCUGCACCUCCCCCCCUUCGACUCUUCUCUCCUCCCCUCCGCCACCGCCUGCUUGUCAAACCGAACCUCCUCCUCCGCUUACUGUCCCCUCCCAGCGGGUCUCCCUCCCUUCAGCCACUGCAGUGAAAGCCUCGGUGAAGGAGAGAGAAACGGUUAAGAGAUCCUGAACCUGGGUGUAAAGCCAGGACGAGAGCCGAGAGCACCUACAGCGUAUUUUUCUUGUAUUUCUCGUCACAGCUCGGCGGCCUGCUGACUUCUGCUGUUGUAACCUCCUUUUCCGUUCACAUCGCUUGGAUUUCAUCAUCCGACCUGCAAGAUGGGAAAUGAAGCCAGUUACCCCCUGGAGAUGUGCUCACACUUCGAUGCUGAUGAGAUUAAGAGGCUAGGGAAGAGGUUUAAGAAACUCGACCUAGAUAACUCUGGCUCACUCAGCGUGGAGGAGUUCAUGUCUCUGCCAGAGCUGCAACAGAACCCGCUGGUGCAAAGGGUUAUCGACAUAUUCGACACGGAUGGGAAUGGAGAAGUGGACUUUAAAGAGUUUAUCGAGGGUGUCUCACAGUUCAGCGUUAAGGGGGACAAAGAGCAGAAGCUUCGGUUUGCUUUUAGGAUCUAUGACAUGGACAAGGAUGGCUACAUCUCCAAUGGCGAGCUCUUCCAGGUUCUGAAGAUGAUGGUAGGCAACAACCUGAAGGACACGCAGCUCCAGCAGAUCGUGGACAAGACCAUUAUCAAUGCAGACAAGGACGGAGACGGCAGGAUAUCCUUUGAAGAGUUCUGUGCAGUGGUUGGUGGCCUCGAUAUACACAAAAAGAUGGUGGUGGAUGUGUGAGCGCUCUCCGCUUGCUGAAUCCCCCCCUUUGUCCUCGACUCUCGCUUUCUCCACCAUCUCUGAAGAUCUGCUCAAGACGUCCGGCAAAACGCUCUCUGUGUAAAUCAAUGGAAGUAUUCGCUCUCUUUCUCUUUUUUUUCUUUCUUUUCUCUCUCUUUCUCUCUCUCUGUGAAGCCACUUUCUUUUUGAAAAAAAAAAAAAAAACCACAGGCCUCGUGAAGCCAACUUUGAAGUGUUAUUGAACUGUAAAUCCUCUCAAUAACCCGGUCGUAGCACUUUAAGAGACUGAAGGACAUCUAUUUGUCAUUCGCAAGAGCAUCUCCGGUUUUGGAUGAGGGGGGGAGGAAGGGGGGGAAGGGGAUGCGGUGAAGAGGCUGGUUGGCUUGUUCAUAUUUCAUCCUUUCAUUUUCUUUUUUUCUUUUUGUUAAUUGUUAUUUUUGAUAUUUAUUUUUUGUUCUUGUCUUUUAUAAAGAAGAAAAAAAUACAAGUAUAUCUAUGGUUGUCUCGUGAGGGGAAGUGUGUAGUGUAUUAACACUUGACUUGCAGCACAACUAGAAAGUAGGGUAUGAAGUGCCAACCAGAACAUAUCCAGAAAACCAGUCCAAGUUAUUACCCAUCAUCACAGCAGUCAUUCAUGCCAGACAAAUGGGCUCGUGACGCUUCCAACUGCUCGACUACGAGUCAUAUUAGAAGCAAAUCAAAAUAUUUUUUUUUUUUUGUUCUCCAUUUUAGCUUACGCACGCAGUUUUGCAGACCCGUAAAGCUUCCAGUCACUCCUAGGAAAGCAACUCCAGUUUUAUUUUCCUUUCUUUUUUUGUAUUAAGAGUGGUAGUUUUAUUUAUACUUAAGAAUGUGUUUAUAUUGUUGGAGAUAAUCGUUGUUUCCUGUUAUAAAAUUAUAGGUAGAAAAAUUAAUGCCAAGAAAAUGUCUUUCGAAAAAUGAUUUGUGGCUGCAAACUGAUACAUGGUUUACUCUUGUGAAGCAUUUUGCAUAGAGCAGUGUGCAUCUUUAAGACAAUCUCCAAUGCAAAGAUUAGCUCUGCACUCACACUGACUAAUAAAUGAUGGUGGAAUCAUUAGUAUUUCAAGAUUUUAAUGUUAGGAACAGAGGCUGGACGGACUUGGCUUAGAACUGAGAGAGAAUAAUGGUGAGAUUACAGUUUGUGCAAGGACAUAGCAAUUUAAGAGACUUAUCUGCAGGCAGCGUGUUUUUUGUUUUUGUUUUUUUUUGUUAACCAGUAUGUGUAUAUUAGGUAAUCAAAGUGUGCUCAGCUUAUUUAACAGUAAGUGGAGAUGGCUUUGCCUCUGCUUAACAAUGAGCCCUUCUGAAUACGUCUCAGUACAGCACAGGACGGGUCAGUUUUCUUCAGCGCAACACAAACACUUAAAAUCUUAACAUGUUGGCAUAACGAGUGUGCAAUGGGUAGACUGUAAAUUGUAGUUUUUUGUUUUGUUCUUUGAACGUGUACAUUUCAAAAGUUGGCUUCUUCUCCCACUUCUUUUUUUCUGUCACAAUCAAUUCAUUUUCUCACCUUCCAACCUACUAACAGGGAGAAACAACAUAACUUCAGCCAGAUUUUUAUUUUCUAGGGAAAAUGCUUCCUACUGCAAACAGCAUUGGGAUAGCUUUUUGUUUUGCUUUUGGAGGUCAACUGCUGGUUUGAACAACAGUUUUCAGUCAAGAGAUGUGCAUCUGGAGUGCUCUAUUUUUCCCCUAUCCCAAAGCUCUGCACGGCUUGGGCCUCCCUGUGCUUGCAUGACAUGGAAGUAUAUUUUUUGUUGUGCAUGUAGAUCAAUUUUUUGAAAUAAUCCUCUUGUUUACACAUGGAUGGUGAUGUUAAUAUAUUUAAGAAUUUAAUGGUAUACAAUAUGGAUGUUGCCAAACUUUGGUAAAUGUACACAUAUUAUGAGAGGUAAUCCAACUGAACUGAACUACAUGUAACUUUUUGUAUUUUACCCGGGUCAGCGAGAUGCUUCGAUUCCAGUAAAAGUUGCAUAUCUGAUCCUGUCUCAAACUGCCACACACUGUACUCAGCUUAAAGGGGAAAAUUUGAUGUUUUUUUUUUUUUUUUUUUCCUUUUGUAUAUAAGUAUUUGUUAAAUGCAGUUCUGGCUCUCUGUUCUCUGUAUAGUUCAGACCGCGCUUUAGUUUGUAAGUGCUACUUUUCUCUGAGGGACUUGGGUUCUUUUUAGUUUGUGUGGGGAUAUGAGAAGAUUUAAGUUUGAGAACUUUUUUUUUUUUCCUUUUUCUGCAUGCUGCAUCUUAUGCUGUGGGACUGUUGGAAACUUGAUACUGUAUGAAAAAUAAAAUUUAAAUAAACUUUGAAAUGUUGAAAGUA